AUGCCGCCGCCAAGCUUCUUGCGUGUUUGGAGUGCCUUGUUGCUACUGACUGUCCCACGCAUUGCGGCAGUUGGAGCGGGAGCCGCAACGUAUACUGCGAAGCUUAGUCAGGAUCCUAAGUGCCUCGAUGAGGUCAAUGCUGCCCGCGAAGCAGUUGGAUUCCCUGGCUUCACGCAGGCGACGCAGGAAGGCGUGUUGCCGACUCCGGAAGGCGAGCUCACUGAUGGCAACUGGAAAAAAAUGUGUGAAUACUUAAUACCAACGCAAGCACAAACAUACGGCUCUGAGGCUUCUGCUGAGCCAUUCAAAGAUGGAACAUACGCUUUCAAGCCCCUAACCUCCGACAAACCGGACUGCAAAAGUAUAGUCGACUCCUGGAAAGCAGCAUUCGAAAACUUCACGGGACUCCCACCCUCACAGAACCAAGCUGCAGGCCUGUACGACAAUCAAGACAACGUUUCCUUCGUAGCCCUCUACAACCCUCAAUCCAAUGCCACAGCCGAUUGCCGCGUCGCAACUUGUACGAAGUCCGCAGCUCCUACCCGAGCAGUUCUCGAUGACAGUUCAGGCCAAGCUGCAGAGAAUGGCUAUGCGCUAAUUUGCAAGACGAUGCCUACUGCUUUUCUAAAUAAAGAUACUGCUCCGUUCACGCAGGAUCAGUGGAAUAUGAUCACUUCCUCCCUCACUGGCUCUACAAUGACUGCAGUCCCGCACUUCGCCUUUUUGGCCAUUGUAGCCCUUGGCAUGAUGCUGCUGUGA